AUGCUCAGUUAAGGUGUUUGCUGGUGAUGUGAAUUAUUUUCAGUUUUUUCAGUGUAGUCCGUGAUUGUACCAGUUUGAUUUUAAUUUAAAAUGGCUCUUAUAUGUGCAAUAUCAAACGAAGUGCCAGAGGUGGCGGUGGUGUCGCCGUCGUCGGGCGCCGUUUUUGAGAAGCGUAUUAUCGAAAAGUACAUAAUCGAGAAUGGCGUCGACCCCCUCAGCGGGAAAGAGCUGCGAGUUGAAGACCUUAUAGAAAUCAAAACCCCACCAAUAGUGAAGCCUAAGCCUCCAAGUGCAACAUCCAUCCCAGCCACACUGAAGGCCAUGCAAGAUGAAUGGGAUGCUCUCAUGUUGCACACCUUCACCCAAAGACAGCAACUCCAGACUGCUCGCCAGGAGUUGAGCCACGCACUGUACCAGCACGACGCGGCGUGCCGCGUGAUCGCGCGUCUCACCAAGGAGGUGACGGCGGCCAGAGAGGCGCUGGCGACGCUCAAGCCGCAGGCCGGCAUCGUCGCGCCGCAGCCCGCGCACCCUGCGGAGGCGCCGGCGGGCGGCGGCGCGGCGCCCAUCGGCAUGUCGGGCGAGGUGGUGGCGCGGCUGCAGGAGCGCGCCACGGCGCUCACGCAGGAGCGCAAGCGCAGGGGCCGCACCGUGCCCGAAGGACUCGUGUCGCCCGACCAGAUACGCGCCUUCCUCACGCUGGCCUCGCAUCCGGGCUUGCAUUCGGCCAGUGUUCCCGGCAUCCUGUCAUUGGACAUCAACCCGUCGGAUCACAGCAAACUGCUAACGGGUGGAAACGACCGCAACGCCACCGUCUUCAACAAGGACACGGAGCAAGUGGUGGCCAUCCUCAAAGGUCACACCAAAAAAGUCACGCGUGUUAUCUAUCACCCCGACGAGGACACCGUCAUCACUGCGUCUCCGGAUCACACUAUCAGAGUUUGGAAUGUGCCUACAUCUCAGACGUCGGUGAUCCUUCGGUCGCACGACGGGCCGGUGACGGGGCUGUCGCUACAUCCCACGGGCGACUACCUGCUGUCCACGUCCACGGACCAGCACUGGGCCUUCUCUGACAUCCGCACGGGCGCUCUGCUCAGCAAGGUCAGCGACUCGUCCGGUGUCAGCCUCACCACGGCGCAGUUCCACCCCGACGGCCUCAUCUUCGGUACGGGCACGGAGAACUCGCAAGUCAAGAUCUGGGAUCUGAAGGAGCAGAGCAACGUGGCCAACUUCCCCGGCCACGUCGGGCCCGUCACCUCUAUUUCCUUCUCCGAGAACGGCUACUAUUUGGCUACGGCGGCGGAGGACGCCUGCGUAAAGCUGUGGGACUUGAGGAAGCUGAAGAAUUUCAAGACGAUCCAGCUGGAGGAGGGGUACGCCAUCAAGGAGCUGUGCUUCGAUCAGAGCGGCACGUACUUGGCCAUCGCCGGCACGGACGUGCGGGUGUACUUGUGCCGGCAGUGGCAGGAGCUGAAGGUCUUCAACGACCACACGGCGUCCGCCACCGGCGUGCGCUUCGGCAAGAACGCGCAGUACAUCGCCUCCACCAGUAUGGACCGGACGCUCAAAUUGUACGGCAUAGAGUAACGGUCACGCUAAGCGACGUAUAGAUAGCUAGUGCUAGAGGUUGGCACACUAAGUGCAUCUUUGGGGGCUGAUUUUGCCAGGGUACCUCCAAAGACGCUCUUAGCGCCUUUAAACAUCUUUGGUACAGUGAACGUAUUAUAAAAAUGUGGUUAAUAGGUACGACAAAAUGUGAUUUUGGAGAUCAUCAACACAUUUGCUCCAACAAAUUUGAGUGUAGUAGAGUUCAAGCAAGCGACGGCGACUAAUUUCAACAACUACUGCUACUAAUUUACGUAAGGAUUAUAUAAUGAGAAAGUGAAUAUACUGAACCUUCGUUCGUACGCAGUAUCUAAAUAAAGAUGCUUCGUCGUAAAAUUAAAUGCGUUUUAGGAUAAGUUUUAUAG